AUAGUGUAUAUUACAGAGCUAAUGUGAAAUUCAAAUCUACAAACUGUUUUUGCUGAUUUGAAUGUACAUUUUUAACCCUUGACUUUCUCUCCCGUCCCAAAACGGGGCAAAAACCGGAGUCAUGAUCUCAUCCAGGAAGUGUAACAGGACUUCCAUCAUGUGACGUUAUCAGUUGCAGCUGGCCCUAAGCAAAGAGUUAUCCAUCUGUUCCUCUUUCUCUUCGUCUCUCUUCCUUUCUUACAUUUCUUUUUUCUCAAAUUGCACAUUCCGUGCGCAGUGGAGAUGAAUGUGACCCUCUCCUCCUCUGCCCUCUGUAUUGAGUGUGUCUCAGUGUAAAUAAAUGCUCUCUCCUCUUCCUUCUCCAUCAUCUUCUCUUUCCAGCUCUCAGUAUUCUGUGUGUUCCCUCUCCUAACCUCCCCUCCUUGUAUUUUUCUUGCAGCGGGCGCAUACAUUAUAAGGAUAUGUACAGUUUAUUGCGAGUUAUCUCCCCUCCCCUGGGCCUUGGCAAGAAAUGCCCACAUAGGGUGGCCUGCAAGAGGCUGCUGCGCAUGGAUCUGCCAGUUGCAGGUGACAACUCGGUGCAUUUUAACUCCACCCUCAUGGCUCUGAUCAGGACAGCACUGGAUAUAAAGAUUGCCAAGGGCGGUGCAGACAAACACCAGAUGGAUGCUGAGCUGAGAAAGGAGAUGAUGGCUAUUUGGCCAAACUUGUCGCAGAAGACUCUGGACUUGCUGGUUACACCGCACAAGGCAGCCACAGACUUGACGGUCGGCAAAAUCUACGCCGCCAUGAUGAUCAUGGAGUACUACCGGCAGAGCAAGACGAAAAAGCUGCAGGCCCUGCGAGAGGAACAGAACCGAACGCCAUUAAUGUUUCAGCGCAUGGAGCCGCCCUCUGAGGGCACAGAGGGCCAGGGGGGUCAGGGUCCCAAUGGCCUCCCCAUCACCCAACCAGACAACCACACCAUCAUACCUCCUGAGGAAGGCAUGACUGAGAGCCCCGACCGCCCCUACCCCGACGAUCUGCACGACAACCGUCACAACCCGCAGACGGUAGAAAUGAGGGAGAUGGGGCGGGACGGGUACUCCGACACUGAGCCCUAUCACCCAAUGGAUGGGCACGGGCGGACCCUCUCCAUGCCCCGCCUCUCGGCAGACAACCAAACCAUCACCGACACCAGUCCGAUGCGCCGCUCCACCUCCAGUCUGGUCCACGGGCGUGCGGGUCGGGGGGUGAGGCUGGACGACUACUCCCUGGAGAGGGUGGUUUCUGAGGAGGGGAAACACGGAGGAGGUCGCCGGCACAGAGACAGGAAUCACCAGGCCUCGCAGCGCUCGCUGACCAGAUACACCGACGCUGACACGGGUCUGGGCACAGACCUCAGCACCACCACGCAGUCGGGCGACCUUCCUCCAAAGGAGCGCGAGAGGGACCGCGGCCGGACCAAGGACCGUCGCCACCACCAUCACCACCAUCACCAUCACAGCUCCAUGGACAAGGAGCGCUACGGCCCUGAAAGACACGACUACCCCCCCAGGCACCCCCAGGACCGCCACUGGUCCCGCUCCCCCAGCGAGGGGCCGGAAGGACGAGGACACAGACAGGUGGGCUCCAAAGACACCGAGGGCAGUAGUUCGGUGAGCGGCAGCCCGGUCCCCUCGACCUCGGGGACCAGCACUCCGCGGAGAGGCCGUCGCCAGCUGCCCCAGACCCCAGCUGUCCCCCGUCCACAUGUAACCUACUCCCCCGCCGUCCGCAAGGCCAGCUACGGCCCCCCAGGUCCGGGCCGACUGCGCUCGCCCUCCCCCCGACACUUCUCCCCUCCAGACCACGAGAGAGGCUAUCACCAUCGACCCCCGUCACGCCAAGCGUCUCCCCAGCACGGGGGGUCCUCAUCCCUGCACGGUUCCCCGCGUUCCCCCAGGCACCAGUCCCCGCGCUCGCCUCUCCACGGCUCCCCCAGGUCCCCUCACCGAGGCCGUUGGAGCGGGGGUCCGCCCGGGGACAGCCUGGAGGGCGACGGGCCCUUCUAUGAGCGCGACUACGAGUACGAGCGGCACCACGAGCCCCCUGCCUACGAGCAAAGUCUCUCUCAUGGCAACCCCCACCCACAUGGGGGAAACCCUCACCCACGCUCACCUAGGACUGCCCACCAUGGGCCCCCUCAGCCCCCUCACCCGCAUCCACGUAGGGUGCCCAAUGGUUACCGCUCAUCCUCACCCUCCCCACAUAGGCGGGGGCCACCCGGGGUGCCACCACAUCCACACCAACGGCCCCCCCAUGCUCGAGGGCCCCGCAAGGGCUUGCAUGAACCUUAUAGUGAGACGGACGAGGAUGACUGGUGCUAGCAACCACAGGGCGCGAGGGAUGAGGGCAGGAGAGGAGAAGAAUAGCAGCCUCCGGUGCUCUGGCCUUGGAUAUGUAGACUUUUAAAAAAGCAGAGGGGGUGAAAAUAUGAAUGGGGGUUGGACACCCUCUACCUUCACCCUUCGGACUCUAAAUGAGAAAAAAAAGGGCGGGGCGAGGGGGAUGGAGGUUGCUGCAAAAAGCCUUUUUACAGAUUUUCUGUAAGACUCAUUUCAGUGACAGAGCAGCACAUGGAUGAAAUGAAAAAGAGACAGCCAAGACAGCUAGGGCGAGGCCCGGGCACAGUUUACCUCUCUCCUUCUCAGAACUACACUUCCCAGAUUUCUAUGCUUGACCAGCAAGGCCAGGCUGCAGAAGGAAAAGAAAGUUGUGGGAACAAAAAAGCGAAGGAGGAGCAUAUAAAAAGGUCAGGGAUGAUCACGGUUUAUGAGCCCUAACAGGGCUUCUCCCAGACUGUCGCCUGAUUGGUUAGUUUCGUCAGAUGUGUGCUAUCUGUCGCUGGCCAGUCUGCUAAAUGUAAAAGCCUGAAAAUUAGUCCACUGCUUUGAGUUUGCUCCUCGAACAGAUAUGUUUAAAGAAAAAUAAAUUAACAAAAAGCCAGGACCCCCUAACCCUUACAUGCCAAGCUAUGCCUCCAGAAAAUCAAACUUGAACAAUGAAGAACAAAAUCAAACUUUACAUGACAAACAAUGAAAAGAAAAAAAGGGAGAACAACCACUUUAUCUUUGACCUUUUUCCUUUCCAAGGGACAGAACCAGGAAGCUCCGCCUAUACUGCAAAAACCAGCCAAUCACAGCGCUGGCUGAUAUUUGAUGAGUUUUAUCAUCUCUGUUUACUGUUAAAGACUCACUUAAUGCUGACGGAGCUGGUGUGACAUCACUUCCUGUUCGCCAGUGGUGAUAGUGGAGGGGGGUGGGGCACGUGUGGGCUCACUUCCUUUUCGAGUGCGCAAUUGGGGGGGUGGGCUCAGAUAACUUGAGAAGGUAGUCGGACACUUCGUCAAGCCCCUUCCUCCUCAGUUACACGACCUGGUGCAAAGGUGAGGGAUGACCUGACAGGAAAUUACAUCACACGUUGAAAAGGGCGGAGGAGAGGAGAGGAGGGAUGGGGAAAAAGACGUAUUUCUUCAGUAUUUCUUCUAUCGAUUACUUCUCCUUCUUGUUCUUCUUCGGACAUUGGAGCUUGGUUCUUCUGUUGCAUUCGCUCAACCUCCUUUGAUCUUUUUCGGAGUCCAACAUUUGAUGGAAACCUGCAUGAUUGAUUAAGUACAUACUAGAGAGGAAAUCUAACUGGUGUGGGUGGGACCUGGGGGCUUUAUAGGAAACUUUGCAUUUAAGUUUACAAAAGAAGUCCUCGUCUUUCAGACACUCUUUCUCUAUUUUACAUCUCAAAUGGGACUUACGGUUUGACAGUCGGCCAUUUUGUUUGAGUUUUCUGCCGACACUGUUCGAGAUCUAUGUGUCAACAACCUGUAAAAAGACUGGAAGACCUGCAGGAUCACAUUCCUGUUUUCUGCUUGAGAAACAAGAGGGAGAAAGAGUGGAGAGAAGCGGACUCCUACCACACUUGAUUUAUUAUUGUUAAUGAUGAUAGUCUUAUGAAUAAUGAUAUCAAUGUCAAUGCAAAAUGAUGAUGACAAUGAUGAUGAUGAUGAUGAUGAUGAUACUGAUGAUUGAUUGUUGAUUGAUUGAUUGAUUGAUGGAACUGUUGCUGUAGAUUUGUUGUCCUGUUAUUUGGAGUUUAAGUAUGCUAUGUCCAUCUUGUUUACAUCCGUUAUGUUUUUUAUCCCCCCGUUCAAUCACGUUUACCGGGUUCCUAAUGCUUUGGGGCAAGGAUGGCUUGGGAACAUCCACUUUGCAGCGCUGCGUGUUGUAACGCAACUCUUAAGAUACACUCUCUCUACACAAUGGUGAAGGUAGAAGUCAGGGGAGCUUCAGUACCUGACAUGCAAAGAUGUGUGGGGUUCGUACUCUUGUCAAGCCAACCCAAAGAUCAAGAAUUCAAUUUUCAAAGGGUGGGGUAGACCGGAUCAAUGAGAAUGUGGAAGAGUUUGUGUUUUACAUUGCAGAGGUUUCAGACCAACCUGAAGUUAAAGUUCUACCAAGGUUGAAUUCUUCCACUAGCAGCCAAAAUCUAGAAUCUCAACCUUUUCCCUCUGUCUGGCUCUGUCAUUUUGUAGUGCGAUCAGUUGCCGGCAGUGACAGCACAGUAUUGGUGGUACAAUGUUGGUGUCAGUAUUAGGUAGGUGUUGUUCUCUAUGUUUGCCACCAGGGGGCAGUUAUCAGCGCACAUUAUCCGCCCUGCCUUCCCCCUCUACAGGACAGCCUCCAGGCCACAUUCUGUUUUCUAGACCUGGACUGAAAACCUCUACGUAUACCUGUCUCUUAUAUCUUUGUAAGAUAUAUAGACGAAGUCCAGUCGCAGUCAGGAAACAUGGAUGUAGCCUGAGAGACGCCAUAUCUGUCCGUUUGUCGGCCCGUCCUUCUGUCUGCCUGUCUGUGCCAAUGCUGACGACCCCUCCCUCCCCCAACCCCUUCUCUCAGGUCUGGAUAACCAGAGAACAGUCACCAAAAUCCCCAAUCCAAUCAUAUGAGGUUGUAGCAAAGCUGAAACCUCUUCUGCCAAAACCCACUACAGUAUCCGCCAACCUCUCUUUCCUCAUCUACCUUUUUCUUUUUCUGUCCAUUUGCUUUGACAUCUGUUCUUUCAGCUUGCCAGAAAGCGACACUGAAGACACUAAAGGCAUUACAAGACAGAAACACUUAUAGGACUUCUAUUGUCAUCCUUAUUUUUAUGAGGGAAAAUAAUUAUUGAGUAUUCAAUAACUCUUAAGACAAGAUGAUAAAGUAUAGAUAAAUAUAUAGAUGAUCAAGUACGUAUAAAUCUAGAUAUAAACCAGUAGAUGUAGUUAUAGAUAACAGACAGAGUAUAAUUAGAGUUUCAGAUAUUUAUUUAUUUUGCAUACCGUUCAUGCUCAUGACACGGUUGACGAUCUAGCUACUCUUGGAACCUCGCACUGUUUUCUUCGCAGUCGCAUAAGCCAGAAGACAAACCCCAGUCCACGUGUUUUGACACUAUGCAGACCUCAUAAGCAUCCUCAUGGUAUUAUUUCGGAGGAAACCCUGCAACAAUACGGUACUGUAGAA